GGAGUCAGCUGGCAGAGGUGCAGGGCCCGGGAGUGGCAUUGUGCCACUGUGGGGGGCAUUGUGCACUGGCGUCUGGGAAGGAGAGGGCGGUGGUCUUUGUGAGCAGUCCUCCAUGGUGUGUUUCCAGAACCUUCAGCCUCACGAGCUGGAGUAAAGGCUGUCCUGAGGGAGGGAGGAGACCGUGGCAGCUGGAGUGGAGGCAGCCCUCACGAUGGAGCCCCCCACCCUGAGGAAAGCCGGCUCCAAGCAGGAGGAGGCCUUUGGGGUGCAGCCCCGGAGGGUCGCUGACCUGGGCACGGUCCCCAGUCUCUGGCGCAGCAACAGCAGCCUGCGCAAGGUCAGGAGGUCCCAGAACCUCUUUGGCAACAGUGAGAAGCAAGAAAGUCUCAGUUCGUGGAUCCCCGAAAAUAUCAAGAAGAAGGAAUGCAUGUACUUUGUGGAGAGCUCCAAACUGUCUGACGCUGGGAAGGUGGUGUGCGAGUGCGGCUACACACGCCAGCAGCACUUGGAGGAGGCUACCAGGCCCCACACUUGGCAGGGCAAGGAUUGGGACCCAAAAAAGCAUGUCCAGGAGAUGCCAACGGACGCCUUUGGUGACAUUGUUUUCACGGGCCUGGGCCAGAAGGUGGGGAAGUACGUUCGCCUCUCCCAGGACACCCCGCCCAGCGUGAUCUAUCACCUGAUGACCCAGUAUUGGGGCCUGGACGUCCCCAACCUCCUCAUCUCGGUGACAGGCGGGGCCAAGGACUUCAACAUGAAGCCCAGGCUGAAGAGCGUCUUCCGAAGAGGCCUGGUCAAGGUGGCCCAGACCACAGGGGCCUGGAUCAUCACCGGCGGCUCCCACACGGGUGUGAUGAAACAGGUGGGCGAGGCGGUGCGUGACUUCACGCUGAGCAGCAGCCACAACGAAGGAGAAGUCGUCACCGUCGGAGUGGCCACGUGGGGCACCGUGCACAACCGUGAAGACCUGAUCCACCCCUCGGGCGGCUUUCCUGCCGAGUACGUCAUGGACGAGGAAGGCCAAGGGCACCUGACCUGCCUGGACAGUAACCACUCCCACUUCAUCCUUGUGGACGACGGGACCCACGGCCGCUACGGGGUCGAGAUUCCCCUGAGGACGAGGCUGGAGAAGUUCAUAUCAGAGCAGACAAAGGAAAGAGGAGGAGUGGCCAUCAAGAUCCCCAUAGUCUGUGUGGUGCUGGAGGGGGGACCCGGCACACUGCACACCAUCUAUAACGCCAUCACCAACGGCACCCCCUGCGUGGUGGUGGAGGGCUCGGGCCGCGUGGCCGACGUCAUCGCCCAGGUGGCCGGCCUGCCCAUAUCUGAGGUCACCAUCUCCCGGAUCCAGCAGAAGCUGAGUGUGUUCUUCCAGGAGGUGUUUGAGACCCUCACCGAGAGCAGGAUUGCGGAAUGGACCAAGAAGAUCCAAGACAUUGUGCGGAGGCGGCAGCUGCUGACCAUCUUCCGGGAAGGCAAGGAUGGCCAGCAGGACGUGGACGUGGCCAUCCUGCAGGCCUUGCUGAAAGCCUCUCGGAGCCAUGACCACUUUGGCCACGAGAACUGGGACCACCAGCUGAAGUUAGCGGUGGCGUGGAACCGCGUGGACAUCGCCCGGAGCGAGAUCUUCACCGACGAGCGGCAGUGGAAGCCUUCAGAGCUGCACCCCGUGAUGACGGCCGCCCUCAUCUCCAACAAGCCCGAAUUCGUGAAGCUCUUCCUGGAGAACGGGGUGCGGCUGAAGGAGCUCGUCACAUGGGACACCCUGCUCUACCUGUACCAGAACCUGGACCCCUCCUGCCUGUUCCACAGCAAGCUUCAGAAGGUGCUGGCCGACGAGCCGGAGCGGCCGGUCUGCGUGCCCCCCGCCCCCCGGGUGCAGAUGCACCACGUGGCUCAGGUGCUCCGGGAGCUGCUGGGGGACUUCACGCAGCCGCUGUACCCCCGGCCCCGGACCGGCGACCGGCCGCGGCUCCUGCUUCCCGUGCCGAACAUCAAGCUAAACGUGCAGGGAGUGAGUCUCCGGUCCCUCUACAAGCGUUCGCCAGGCCACGUGGCCUUCACCAUGGACCCAGUCCGUGAUCUUCUCAUUUGGGCCAUCAUCCAGAACCGUCGGGAGCUGGCAGAAAUCAUCUGGGCACAGAGCCAGGACUGCAUUGCCGCGGCCUUGGCCUGCAGCAAGAUCCUGAAGGAGCUGUCUAAGGAGGAGGAGGACACGGACAGCUUGGAGGAGAUGCUGGCGCUCGCUGACGAGUAUGAACACAGAGCCAUCGGGGUGUUCACCGAGUGCCACCGGAAGGAUGAGGACCGAGCUCAGAAGCUGCUCACCCGCGUGUCGGAGGCCUGGGGCAAGACCACCUGCCUGCAGCUAGCCCUGGAGGCCAAGGACAUGAAGUUCGUGUCUCACGGAGGCGUCCAGGCCUUUCUAACCAAGGUGUGGUGGGGCCAGCUCUGCGUGGACAACGGGCUCUGGCGGGUGAUCGUGUGUAUGCUGGCCUUCCCGUUGCUCUAUACCGGCCUCAUCUCCUUCAGGGAGAGGAGGCUGCAGGCCGGGCCGGGUCUGCCCCGGGUCCGAGCCUUCUUCAAUGCCCCCGUGGUCAUCUUCCACCUCAACAUCCUGUCCUACUUUGCCUUCCUCUGCCUGUUCGCCUAUGUGCUCAUGGUGGACUUCCAACCCACGCCCUCAUGCUGCGAGUACCUCAUUUACUUCUGGCUCUUCUCCCUCGUGUGCGAGGAGCUGCGGCAGCUCUUCUAUGACCCUGACGAGUUCGGGCUGAUGAAGAUGGCCCUCCUGUACUUCAGUGACUUCUGGAAUAAACUGGAUAUCGGUGCCAUCUUGCUGUUCAUAGCAGGACUGACCUGCAGGCUCAUACCAGCGUUGCUGUACCCCGGACGCAUCAUCCUCUCUCUGGACUUCAUCAUGUUCUGCCUGCGGCUGAUGCACAUUUUCACCAUCAGUAAGACACUGGGGCCCAAGAUCAUCAUCGUGAAGCGGAUGAUGAAGGACGUCUUCUUCUUCCUCUUCCUGUUGGCGGUGUGGGUGGUGUCUUUCGGGGUGGCCAAGCAGGCCAUCCUCAUCCACAACGAGAGCCGGGUGGACUGGAUCUUCCGGGGGGUCGUCUACCAGUCGUACCUCACCAUCUUCGGCCAGAUGCCGGCCUAUAUCGACGGUGUGAACUUCAGCCUGGACCAGUGCAGCCCCAACGGCACAGAUCCCUACAAGCCCAAGUGCCCGGAGAGCGAUGCCGUCCGGCACGAGCCUGCCUUCCCCGAGUGGCUGACGGUCAUCCUGCUCUGCCUGUACCUGCUCUUCACCAACAUCCUGCUGCUGAACCUCCUCAUCGCCAUGUUCAACUACACAUUCCAGCAGGUCCAGGAGCACACGGACCAGAUCUGGAAGUUCCAGCGUCACGACCUGAUAGAGGAGUACCAGGGCAGGCCCCCCGCGCCGCCCCCCUUCAUCCUCCUCAGCCACCUGCACCUCUUCAUCAAGAGGGUGGUCCUGAAGAUCCCCGCCAGGCGGCGCAAGCAGCUCAAGAGCAAGCUGGAGAAGAACGAGGAGGCCGCCCUUCUGUCCUGGGAGAUCUACCUGAAAGAGAGCUACCUGCAGAACCAGCAGUACCAGCAGAAGCAGAGGCCGGAGCAGAAGAUUCAAGACAUUGGCAAUAAGGUCAGCACCAUGGUGGACCUGCUGGAAAUGGAAAGUCUGAAGCAGAGACUGGCCUCCCUGGAGGAGCAGGUGGCCCAGACGUCCAGAGCGCUGCACUGGGUCAUGAAGGCCCUGAGGGACGGUGGCUUCGGCUCAGAGGAGGGCAUCCCCGCCCCGGCACCCCAGAAGGCCUCAGAGGGGCAGGACCUCGAGCCGGACGGCAGACAGGAGGAGGAGGACGUGGGCGACACCCACCACGUGAACGCCCGGCACCUCCUGUACCCCAACUCCCACGUCACCCGUUUCCCCGUGCCCAACGAGAAGGUGCCCUGGGAGCGCUCUGGAGCCUCUGUCCGGAAUCAGCUACAACGCCGUGGACGGACCCAUCGACCGGCGGAGCUUCCACGGGGUCUACGUGGUUCAGGACGGGCUCCCUCUGAACCCCAUGGGCCGCACAGGACUGCGUGGACGUGGAAGCCUCGGUUGCUUUGGACCCAACCACACGCUGCAGCCUGUGAUCACCCGGUGGAGGCGCAACCAGGAUGGAGCCAUCUGCAGGAAAAGCAUAAAGAAAAUGCUCGAAGUGCUGGUCGUAAAGCACUCCCUCUCGGAACACUGGGCCUUGCCAGGGGUAAGCCGUGCAAGCUGUCUGUCCAGAGCGUCUGUCCCUCCAUCCAUCCCACCCAACGACGGAACACCUGCUCCUACAGUCCCUGCCCUGGGCAGUUCUGGACUCUGUCCCUGGUGCUGAAGGACAAACCGGGCUCCCGGGAACCAGGAGAGAUACUGCCCCGGAAGCUGAAGCAGGUCCUCCGUAGAGAGUUCUGGUCUUCCUUCCAGAACUUGCUGACGCAGGGCACAGAGGUAUACAGAGGGUACGUGGACGACCCAAGGAACACGGACAACGCCUGGAUUGAGACCGUGGCCAUCAGCAUCCACUUCUCAGACCAGAGCGACAUGGACCUGAAGAGGCUGAACUCUCACCUGCAUGCCUGUGACCCCGGGAUGUCCGUCCGAUGGCAGGUCGUGGACAGGCGCAUCCCGCUGUAUGCCAACCACAAGACCAUCCUCCAGAAGGUGGCCACUUUGUAUGGGGCUUUCUACUGACCCGUGGACUCUGGCCGGGUCCCGAUGCCGGGGGUGGGUGAGGCUGGUCUACCCACAGCCCCCUUGGAAGCUCGGCUGCCAGGGACUCGGGCCGAGGCCGGCCACCCAAGGCACGGGCCGCCCUGGGCCUCGGAUGGGCAAGGGGCUGCUGCUGGGACACCUCGCGGUGUGGUCUGGGAAUCUGCUGCUUCUCACAGCCACCUCGAGUCACUGAGCAGACGAGCCUGUGAAUUGGAGGGCGUCAGGGCGCCCUGAGAGGAGAGCCGAGGCAGGGCACGGGCCGGCUCUGGUCACACGGCCAUUCCUCAUGGCCGGCGUGGCUCCUGGGAUCCCGCCAGCCAUGGCUGCCCCUGGCGGCCUCGGCCCUCAGCCCAGGUGACUCCCUCCUGGUCACGUCGUGAGCAGCUCGCCCACCACCAGAUGUGCAUUGGCCCAAGGCCCGCAUUUCCUGCACAGUUGGGACUGUGGCCUUGUCCUGGAGCCCACACCCCAGAGGUGGCACCCACCGUGACUUCACUCGGACCCUCACCUGCCCUGGGGUGGGGCCCCGUGGGAGCCUCAGUUCACUGCCCUGGCCUCUCAGGGCUGAGCCCCUUUGAGGGGCAAGAGCCAGGCGAGCACACGCCUUCUCUGGGGGUCAAAGUGUGUCUGCCUGUGUGCUGUCCUGGGGAUCCGGGCAGGGGCUCUCCCCACACAGCACUCCCUGUGAGCCCAGGGUGGGGCAGGCGGUGGGCCUAGAUGGUGGGGGGGCCGCUCUGCUCAGUGUCCAUGACUCACAAGCCAUCAGCAUAAACCGCCAACAGUCAUCAGGGCCAGGAUAUCGUAAAACCCAACAUUAAAUCUGUUGCCCGUACCAGCCCGGCCAGCCUCUCUGUGUUCCCUACAGACAAAGUUACAGACAUGGGCAGUGGUCAGGGGGCUGUGUCCGGGCCACUGAGACCUCUUCCGGCCCGCGGCCCAGCUGCCUGUGGCCCGAGGGCGUCUCCUGUGGCCAUCUCCCCCCGGGUUCCUCCCCUUGGACACCCUGCAGGCUCCUUGGGCCCAGACCGGUCCACCCCCACCGGCCCCCCGUUUUUCAUCCUCCUGGACCCGCCUCCAGCAUGACCCCCGGUGCCCAGGCUGGGACUCGGCAAGGCCACGCCUUGUCCAUGGCUGCCCACGCCCAGGUGUGGGGGGGCCUUGGUUUUUUAUCUAGACUCCCAACUAGCAUCCAACUGGCAGCACCGAAUAAAAACAUUUUAGAAUGGAAAGACUCA